AACUCCUCUGCUAAGGUUAGCUUCGAGCAACUCUCUAUCAUGGCAGACGUCCGUGCCCUACUUAAAGCCAAACGCCAGGAAGCACGAGUAACCCAUUCACUAGCAUCUUAUACGACAACCGGACAGUUGCGAUGCUCCGUCUGCGGAACGAAUAUCAAGCAUGCAUCUGCUUGGGACGGUCAUCUCGGCAGCAAAGCACACCGUACGAACGUGUCUCGCGCUAAAGAACAGGAGAGGGUUAGGGAACAGCGACAGGCUGCACAGGAGGCUAACGUCGCUAAAAGAAAGGCAGUUGAAGAUGUCCCUGGCGGAGAUGCAGCCAAGAAGCAGAAAACCGAGCCUGCUACCUCAACUCCUCGUUCUAGCGCGUUUCCGUCAGACUUUUUCUCUGACCCCUCAAAAGCGCCACCGCCAUCCCUUUCAGACAACUCGGAUGACGAAGAGGUCGACUUUUCUAUAGUUGCUCCCGCGAAGGAAUCGGGGCCACACACUCAGGCUGUUAUCGUUACUCAACCAGAGCUUGACCAAGAGUGGAUCAAGUUCCAACAGACGGUGAUUAAUGCGCCUGAUGCACACGAGACAUAUGACCGGGCGACUGUAUUUGCAGAACCGGAUCUGGUUUCUGACGUGGCAGAAGGUUUCCCUCCCCUGCAGGGUGAGAAGGAUCCUCCAGAGGUUGAGGCUAAAUCAGACCCGGACGAGGAAAGGCGGAGGAAGGAUCAGGAUGAAAGGGAAAUGAUCAUGGACCGCUUAUUAGAUGAGGAGAGGGCACAGGAAGAGGCAGACAUGAAAGUCAGUGUACUGAAACGUAGGUUGGAGGCAUUGAGGAUAAAACGAGAGGCUGCACAGACAAAGCCAAAAAUUGCGGUGUAGCAAGGUGUAAUAUACCAUGAUCUGAUUGCACGGCAUAUAUUUUGGCGUCUGGCCAGCGCCAGUGCUCCAUCCGAAAUAUGGCCCUCGUCCACGCGCACUUGUUUCUUAACACGGGCUAUCGCCUUACGCUUUCACCCAUCGCAAGUGAAUUCAGUGCGCGAAUGAAGACUUCCACUUUCAAUCAUACCUAGCAUUAUUUGCACGAGCAGAUCAUUUCAAGACUCCAAAACCUAAUGCAGAUCAACCUUGACACUCCCGCUUCCCUUUCACAAAUACUUGGCUCAGAAAGUACGAACUUGUUCAGUUUCUUGACAAUGUA